AAGUCAAACCACAAUGUUCAUUGCAUUCUUAAUAUUCUAAUACGAAUGAAAACUAUAUAUAUUCAUGAAAAUUUUCAUUCUGCGGUCUUGAAUUAACUGUAGACCUGCCUGAAAUAACAGACGGCUCUCAUCCACUUUAUAUCCAUUCAUGUAAAGAUGGCGAUAUAUGGCACUGGGAUUGCUUCGAAGAAGCGUGUUCUCUUAUCGCGUCAGCACUGUGAGUUGAAAAGAGCUGACUUGGAAAUGGCUUUGUCAUGCUUUAAUCGAAUGGUUGAGAAAAAUGAUAGCGAUUUUACUUAUGUGGAAACUGAGGGCAUUCGUUUUGUCUAUCAACCUGUCGACGACUACUACGUCUUUGUUAUGACGUCCAUUGACUCUAACAUUGUGCGUGACAUAGGAAUAGUGCAUACACUUGCGGAAAUUGUACAGAGCCUGCUUCAAUCUGAUAUUGAUGAAGGUGUCCGUGAACAAUUUUUUGAUAUCAUUUUUUACAUGGAUGAACUAAUUACGAACAAACAACCGGAGGAUUUGACAAUUGAUCAGAUUAAGGAAUAUAUAUUAAUGGAUUCCCAAGAGGAGAAGAAACACAAUAUUAUCCGGUCAUCUAAAGAGAAAGAAGAAAAGGAGCGGCGUAACCAAAUGGCUGCUAAAAUUGAAAAACACAAACAGUUGGAUGCCUCUUUCGUGGAAAAGUUCUCUGAUACUGUUGCUUUUGGUUCACCAUCGGUUGUUGAACGCAGUAUGCCUGUAGUUUUACAAGACCAGCUAAUGGACUCAGGGGUGAAGCUUUCUAUCAACCGGUUAAAUUACAACACUUCCAAUUUGGGAUUACAAUCUGUAAAACAUGCCAGUGCUGCUAAGAAUGGUCAUGAUGCGGAAAGUAUCGAACUACUGGAAGCUGAGGCCCCGGUGGUAAUAAAAGUUGUUGAAAUGUGUACGGGGAAUAUUCACAUGGAAGGAGAUGUUGAUUUUCUUAACGUGCAAGGAGAGUUAAUGUUAACAAUAUAUGAAGAAAGUGCCCGUAUGGUUGGAUUCUCCUUUGUGGCCAACCCAGAAUUUAAAAUGCGCUUUCAUCCAAUAAUUAACAAGGAAACGGCGUCUAAGAAUAUAGUGGAACUGCAAAAUUCACAUCAGGGUCAUAAAAUUGGGCAUUCCACAUCGCUUGUUAAAUGGAGGCAAAAGUCAACAGAUGAGACAUCGUUCCCUUUGAGUGUAAGUUGUUGGCCUAACACAAAUUUAGGUCAAACAACGGUUACUGUAGAGAUUCAAAACAAUUCGGAUGCCGUGAUCAAUUCUGUGAAUUUUCAGAUCUUAGACUCGAGAUUUAAUCAGAUCAUCGUGAACUCUCAUGACCUUGGGAACAUUGAACGCAAUCAUGAUGCUUUGAAUUGGGUACUAGGCAAUUUAUGUCCGCAACAGUCUGGUCGUGUAGAAUUAACCACGAAUGGUGACCUGGAUUCUAUACUGCCUUUUACAUUGGUUGCAAAGGUUUCUAACUCCGUGGCACAGUUAAACGUGACACGCUGCUACGACAUGACCAGCGGGGUUCCUUUAGAAUAUGUUCUCAAGACGGAAACAUCAUUCUCGAUGACUAUUGGAAGUGAAGGCACUUAAUGUCUUUAUUAUAUAUUAUAGUUAUAUAUGUGUGCUGUAUUUACAAUGGUUACUCAUAUAGAAUAA